GUGGCCAUUUGACAUCCAUGUGGGAGCCAUUCUUUCGUUGGUGGCACUGAGCUUCGUUGCCCACGAUAUACAUACAAAAGUAUCUGCAGAUCUCUAGGGUUAGGUUACUUUCCUCCUUCUACUUGCUUUGCUCAUCAGAGUUGGUGGUGAUGGCGGUGGUGGCUGUUGGUGGGAGGAGAUGAAGUUUGGGAAGGAGUUCAGAACGCACCUGGAGGAGACACUCCCCGAGUGGCGGGACAAGUUCCUUUCCUACAAGCCCCUGAAGAAGCUCCUCAAGCAGAUUUCUCUCCCAGACUCCUCCUCCCCGCGCCCCCCCGAUUUCUACUCCUGGCUUGAUGGCAACGGUCCCCCUCCAUCUAUAGGCGUCGCUGCCAUUGAUCGCGAUCGUGAGGCCGGCGGGAACGGUGCCGCCGGUCAGGUUCCCGGUGGGAUCGAUGUGGGUGGAAGAGCUGGAGUUGGAAUUUCGCCUCCUAGAGGGGAGGGGAGAGGGCGGUCGGCCGUUUUGGAGGAGUGGUUCGUUGGACUGCUUGAUCGGGAGUUGGAGAAGUUCAAUGACUUCUACGUUGAUAAGGAGGAGGAGUUCGUCAUUCGGUUGCAGGAACUCAAGGAAAGGAUUGAAAGGGUGAAAGAAAAAACUAAUGGCGGUGGGCACUUCAGAUCUGAAUCUGAGUUUAGCGAGGAGAUGAUAGACAUACGCAAGGACUUUGUUACCAUCCAUGGUGAAAUGGUGCUUCUGCAAAACUAUAGUUCCCUUAAUUUUGCAGGGCUUAUUAAGAUCCUGAAGAAGUAUGACAAGAGAACAGGGGCACUGCUACGACUGCCGUUCACGCAGCGUGCCCUCCACCAACCUUUCUUCACAACUGAACCUCUUACACGAUUAGUUCGUGAAUGUGAAGCCAAUCUGGAGCUUCUUUUCCCACUGGAGGCAGAGGUUGUUGAACCGCAGAUGCACUCUCAAGUGAAGGAUGGCUCAAGCUCCACUGAAGGUCCAGCAUCCCUUCAGGAGGAUACUGUGGAAAUAUACAGAAGUACUCUGGCAGCGAUGAGGACCAUACAGGGGCUCCGGAAAGCAAGUUCAACUUGCAAUCCACUAUCUUUUGCCUCCUUCUUCCAUAAUCGGGAUAAUGAUGAAUGUGGAGAAGUCACCACUGAUAACUCGUCUUCCAAUUCACCUUUGGGAUUGCAGAAUGAAGAAAAUGACCACGAGACGUCUUUUCCAGUAAGUAAGACUUGAGCAGAGGAGUAGUGUUUCUUAACCACAAGCAGGUAAUUGUUAACUGAAAUAAGAGGCAGAUGACGGAAAACCGAAAAUGUAAAUGACAAUGGUAACACGAUAUGCUGCUAUACAAUGGUCUCAAUUUUAUGUCCAUAAUAAAAGCUCCAAGGAAUUUAACUGGUUUA